GUAAUUUUUCUAAUAAAAAACAUGUCUAAGCUUUCAAUUUCUUGUACGUUCUUCAUCAUCUCCUUCAUUACACUCUUCCAAUCAUCAAUUGAAGCCUAUAAUGUCAUCAGUUUUGGUGCAAAACCAGAUGGCCAAACUGACUCAACUCAAGCAUUUACAAACGCCUGGGAAGCAGCGUGCAAAUCGACCAGGCCGGCCGCCAUAAAUGUUCCUAAGGGCCGGUUCCUGAUAAAACCAAUAUUUUUUAAUGGAACAUGUAACAACAAAAUUGUGUUUCAGAUUAACGGAACUAUAGUAGCUCCGUCUAGCUAUUCGGCUCUCGGUGAUUCUGGAUUCUGGAUUAUGUUCUACAAGGUCUCCAGGUUGAUUAUUAGUGGAGGAAAGUUCGAUGCGAAAGGAGCUGCCUACUGGGCUUGCAGGAAAUCUGGAAAGAGUUGCCCACCUCUACCUAGGUCACUGACAUUCAUGGAGUCGAGUAAUAUUGUGGUGAGCGGAUUAAAAUCGUUAAACAGCCGAUAUUUUCACAUUGCUAUCGAUGAUUGCGAAAACAUUGCACUUAAAAAGUUGAACAUAAGCGCUCCAAGCUGGAGUCCCAACACCGAUGGCAUCCACAUCCAAUCUUCCUCAGGAAUUUCCAUAACUGACAGCUCCAUCAAGACUGGAGACGACUGCAUAUCACUCGGUCCCGGCUCUAAAAACUUGUUGAUCAAGCGCAUCACCUGUGGCCCUGGCCAUGGAAUCAGCAUCGGCAGUCUUGGGGACAGUGCACAUGAAGAUGGUGUUGAAAAUGUAACAGUUUCCGAUUCCACUUUCAGCAAAACUGAAAACGGAGUUCGGAUUAAAACAUGGGCGAGACCGAGCAAUGGAUUUGCCAAAAACAUUAAUUUUCAGAAUAUCAUUAUGAAAAAUGCCUAUAACCCCAUAAUUAUUGAUCAGUAUUAUUGCCCUGGCCGCAAAGGUUGCCCCAAUCAGAGUUCCGGAGUCAAAAUUAGCGGCGUUACAUAUAAGAAUAUAAAGGGAACAUCAGCCACAAAAGUAGCCAUAAAUUUUGAUUGCAGCUCUAGUAAUCCAUGUACUGGGAUAGAAUUACAGGACAUUAAUCUUUCUUAUAAUAAUAGUAAAGCUGCAGCAUCAGCAUAUUGUAAAAAUGCACAGGGGAGCUCCAGUGGAGUUGAGGUGCCAAAAAGUUGUCUGUAA